AUGGGGAGAUUGCCACAUUUGAUCCUUUUCCUCGGUAUAUAUCUUGCAGUUUUAGCAUUGGUCGAUGCGAAUGUUAAAUCUGUUUUUGUGUUUGGAGACUCCCAAUUUGAUCCAGGGAACAAUAAAUAUAUCAAGGAUUGCGGUGUUCAGGCUAACUUUACACCUUAUGGCUCGAGUUUCUUUCACACUCCAACAGGACGAUUCACAAAUGGUCGAACAGUUGUUGAUUUCAUUGCACAAUACAUGGGUAUCAAGUUCCAAAAACCAUUUCAAGAGGUACACCAACGAUUACAAAAAAGAAGCCGGAAAGGUAUUCUCAUUCCCGCUAACGGAAUCAACUUUGCUAGUGCCGGAAGUGGACUGUUGCCAACUACAAAUGAUUACGAGAAAGUGACAACAAUCCAAGUCCAGCUACAACAAUUCCAAGGCCUAAUUAAGCACAAUCAUUUGCACAAGAAGCAAAUCGCGAAAUCCAUAUAUUUAGUGGCAUCGGGUUCAAAUGAUAUUUUUAGUUAUUACUUUUUACCACAAACAACCAACUUAACCAAGCAAGAAUAUGUACAUGCCAUGUUACAAGAAACAUCAAACUUCGUUGACAAAAUUUACAAGCUUGGGGCUCGUCGUAUCGCUAUUUUUCCAAUAGGUCCUAUGGGGUGUAUUCCCGGCAGAGUCCUCAUAAAUAAAGCACCUAUUAACCGAUGCUCUGGAAUAGUUAACAACAUGUGUAAAUAUUACAAUGUUGGCUUGAAACGUUUGAUAAGCAGUAUACCAAGAAAGUACCCCGGUGCAAUUGGCGUUUGUGGAGAAGUGUAUAACAAUGUACAAAAGUUGCGUGCUAACCCAAAACUUUACGGUUUUUCCAAUGUAAGUGAAGCAUGCUGUGGGGGUGGACCUCUAAAUGGAAUGUUGCAAUGUGGUUCACCAAAUUACAAGUUGUGCAAGAACCCUAAUGAGUACUUUUACUGGGAUUUUUUUCAUCCCUCUGAACGUACUUAUCGACUAUUUGCCAAGAUGUUAUGGGCUGGAGGCAAAAAAGAAAUAUGGCCCAUUAAUCUAAAGACUUUGGCUCAUAUUACCUUACCAUUCUCUUGA